UAGCUUUUAGCUAGCAAGCUGACUCAAGCUAGGCUAAAUAGCUCGUAAUUGCUUGUAAACCCAGCAUUGUGCGGCGUUGUGAGGUCGUUUGCUCUGUUUAUCUCAACCUCAUCAGUGAUUCUUGCUACCGGAGGCUAGCUAGUGGCAGCUAACUAAUGCGCUGUUUCGUGGCCUAGUGUCAAUGCGCAAUGUUAUAGGAAUGCCCAAGGAAAAAUAUGACCCGCCGGAUCCCAGGCGGAUGUACACAAUUAUGUCCACCGAAGAGGCAACAAACGGGAAGAAGUCAUACUGGGCUGAGCUGGAAAUCAGCGGCCGAGUAAGGAGUCUCAGCACAACCCUGUGGACUCUCACCCACCUCACUGCCCUGCACAUCAGUGACAACUCAUUGUCACGCAUCCCGCCAGACAUUGCCAAACUACAGAACUUGGUCUACCUGGAUCUCUCAUCCAAUAAGAUCAGGAGCCUGCCGUCAGAGCUCGGCAACAUGGUGUCUCUCAGGGAACUGCUUUUAAAUAACAACCAGUUGCGGGUUCUGCCAUUUGAAUUGGGGAAACUGUUUCAGUUACAAACACUGGGGUUGAAAGGAAACCCACUUGCACAAGAAAUUAUGAGCCUCUACCAGGAACCUGAUGGCACGCGGAGACUUCUCAACUACUUGUUAGACAAUCUGGCAGGGGCUAUCAAGCGCAUACCAACAGAGCAGCCUCCAGCUCGGUCAUGGAUCUCACUCCAGGAACCAGACCGAACCCGGGCCUCAGCACUGUUCUCUGUGAUGUGCUACAAUGUGCUGUGUGAUAAAUAUGCCACGCGACAGCUAUAUGGCUACUGCCCCUCUUGGGCUCUAAACUGGGAGUACAGGAAGAAAUCCAUCAUGCAGGAGAUAAUGGGCUGCAGUGCAGAUAUCAUCAGUUUGCAGGAAGUUGAGACGGAGCAGUACUAUAAUUUCUUCUUGCCUGAGCUGAAGGAGCAGGGAUACGAAGGCUUCUUCAGUCCAAAGUCACGAGCCCGGACUAUGUCAGAGUCGGACCGUAAACACGUGGACGGUUGUGCAGUUUUCUUCAAGACAGAAAAGUUCAGUGCAGUGCAGAAGCACACAGUGGAGUUCAACCAGCUGGCCAUGGCUAACUCCGAGGGCUCAGAGGCUAUGCUGAACAGAGUGAUGACCAAGGACAACAUUGGGGUAGCUGUACUGCUUGAGGUCCGCAAAGAGAUGAUGGAGGCCUCCUCUGGAAAGUCACUCCAUGGCAUGGAGAAGCAGCUGCUCCUGAUAGCCAAUGCCCACAUGCACUGGGACCCAGAGUACUCUGACGUCAAGCUGGUCCAAACCAUGAUGUUCCUGUCAGAGGUGAAGAACAUAGUGGACAAGGCCACACGCAGCCUCAAGUUGUCCUCUGUCUCUGGUGAGACCAAUGCCAUUCCACUGGUGCUGUGCGCUGACCUCAAUUCCUUGCCUGACUCUGGCGUGGUGGAGUACCUGAGUACUGGUGGGGUGGACUGCACCCACAAGGACUUCAAGGAGCUUCGUUAUAGCGACAGCCUGACCAAAUUCAACUGCAAUGGAAAGAACAGCACGUCCAACGGCAGGAUCACCCACGGCUUCAAGCUGAAGAGCGCUUACGAGAACGGCCUGAUGCCUUACACCAACUACACCUUCGACUUUAAGGGUGUCAUCGACUAUAUUUUCUACUCCAAGCCUCACCUGAACGUGCUGGGUAUCUUGGGCCCCCUGGACACCCACUGGCUCGUAGAGAACAAUGUCAGCGGCUGCCCACAUCCCCACAUCCCCUCCGACCACUUCUCCCUCUUCGGCCAGCUGGAGCUGCUCCUGCCCAACGUGCCCCCCCAGGUCAAUGGUCUCCAUCUGCCUGCACGCAGGUAGUGAGUCCCUGCCACACAACCAGGGGGAGCUGCAACCACAGCCUCUCCCUUUCAAACCCUCCUCCCUCCCACUACCAGCUCUUCCCUCCACCAUACCGGAGGAGGAAGACAAAUACACAACCUGUAAAAUAUUCGUACAGUGAGGUCUGGCCGACAGGGAUUUCGUAUAAUGUUAUAGAUAUUCUAUAUUUUUCUUUUCUCUUUCUCCGUUUUUUUUUCUUCUUCUUUUUAACUGCUCAAUUCAGUCCUGUUCGUGUAUCAUAUUUUGUGUUUUGGACUCCCUUUCCUCCUCAAAUCCACCCACCCACUUUGCUUCUGUCUUUCAAACUAGAGGGGAUGGUAGCUCAUUCAGAUUUGUCACAUGGAGAACUGUUUGGUUUAGGUCAAGGGGAAACUGAGUAGUGGCUGAAGGGAGGACAUUCACCUGAAAAGCUCCAUAGCUGAUGGUCGGCCUGUCUGUCUGUCCUGUAUAAAUCUGAAACCAGCAAAGACAGCAGACUUGUCAGUCUCAGACUUCCAUCAUUGGCUUGUGCUUGUUUCCCCCUGUACUCUGGGCAGUCGGUGUACUUUCUCAGUCUUUCUAGAAGACACAUGUUGUUGGGUUAGAGCAGCUUUAGCUGGUGGUUAAGCGUCCCCCGCAGCUACUAUGAGGUAAGAUUUCCUGCUGUCAUUCUGUGGUGCUGAGGCCUUUUGUGUGGUCACGGCCUCCCGUGGUGCUACAAGAUAGUCUACACCUUUGACCCCGGCCCUGAUGCAUUAGCUACCAGAAGCUAGAGAACUACAUUUACCCAGUUUCACAUGGGCUGUAUGUAGUGUUAAUUUGUGAAGGAAGGAUAUGGUGAGAAACUGACAGCAGCUACCAUCCUGUUUGCAGACUGUUUCACCCCAGCUUGUGUAGUUGUUAGGCUAGUCUUGUGCUUAGGAGCUCAUGUGGCCCACCUACCCCCAUUUUUGGGCAAGGGAUUUAGGCUGAUGGGCAAAGUGAUGAGGGGCUUUCACAAAUCUUUUCUUUUGUCUCUAUUGAUUUUAGGCAGAGAGCGAGUAAUGGCUGAUACAUAGGAGUAAAACCAGCAUUCCUCUCACUGUGUGGAGUUGCCAUGCAACUCCACACAUGCAAGCCACACACACGUAACAGGUAAUUUGCAGGCAGAUCUGUAGCACUGUCGCCGAGGCCAGUAGUGACUUUCCCCAGCCAUAUAUUCCAUACACAAAAGCAGUGGUUUUUUUCACAAGUGUUUGUACAGAAUAGAAAUCUAGACUCAGUCUUUACAUGAUUGUAUAUGAACCACAAAAGACCUGUUUUCUGGCGUUUUUUGUACUAAGAGUAAAUUAUGAUCAGAUUUGAAAAAAAGAUUGUAUUGUAAACUAAGGCUAAAUUUUUAUCCAGUUAAUGUUAAGAUGAAUUGAUAUUACCAGCUUGUACAAAAGACGUAGGAAGAGGUUGUUCAAGGCGUUCACUGUCACUUCUUUGCACUCCCUAGAGAUUAACUGUAAUUAAUGUAUCAGUAUUGUUUUAUUUUUCCCUCUUCCCCCUCUGCUGUUGAUUUGAUUUGCCGGCAUAUUGCUGCGAUUGUAAAUAGACACUGAGUAAACUCUGCCUGUUGCUUCUUGCCCAUUAACAAAGCCAUUGAUCCACACUGCUGCCAUCAGUUCCGACAAAAGGACACGCACGGAUAAGUCGCAGCCCACCAGUGACGCCACAUCUGUUCAUCUAUAUAUCUCACACACACUCCCACUAGUGACGUGUGACCAAUACACCCUAUAUUAAUCCCACAUGUAAGAAAACAUCGUGCCUCACUGUAGCAGUUGUCGUUGUCUUGCACUAUUUACAUUUGACGAACGCCUGAACAACCUUUUCUCCUUUUAUUUUUAAAUACUGUUGAGACAUUUGUGAAGAUUUUAUGUCCUUUUAUUGGUUUUUGUUAAUGUUGAUUUCUUUUUUUAUGAGCUGUGACAAUGUUAUGAUGAUGUGUAUAUCCUUCCUAUUCAUUGAGCUCUCUAGUAUCAGGUAUGCUUUCUCCACCGCCCCUAUGUCCCCUCCUUAAGGAACAUUAGUGGGAUGUCUAAUCUUUAUUAAAUCCUCGGAUGUUUUAGCUUCCUAUUUGAACCUUAACACAGCUCCAUGCCCAGACCCCCAGAAUAUCUAGCCCGUAGCUCCUUCCCUGGCCAUGAAUUUUAAAUCUCCUGAAGCCUUCCCAUCACCCUAUACGCCCCAAUCUCAACUGCCCACUAUAUUAAUCAAGCUGUGUCUUUUUUAACCCCUUUUGCGCAAACCACUUUGUAAAGUUCUCUUACGCUUGUCACUGCAGCUAUAGUGCCAUCUGUGGACCCCCCCCCCCCCCCCCCCUCCCCCCCUCUACCUAAGAUGGAUGGCCCACUUUGCUCUGCUUUAGGAUGAGCAAGAGAUGAGGGGCAGCUCAGCAAUUUCUCUCUGAAAGCCAGGCAAAGAAGUUGCUAUGUGUUACAGUUCACGAGUCAGUAACGAGACAGUUUAAUUUCACAGGCAUGCUUUUACACGAAUACACCGGAGGAAGAGCACUUAGUAGAUUCAGAUGCAGCGCCCCUCACCUGGCCCAUCAUAUUGGCAAAUAAAGAUUGGAUUUACUUUAAUGUAUAUGUUGAAAUUAAAUUUUAAAAGCAAGAGGGAAGCAAGUAAAUGGGAAGUAUAAGCUUCGUCCUCAGAUCAAGGUUUCUGGUCCCAUUUGUUUCCCCCCCGACAUGUCUUGUCUUUUUAACCUUUUUUGUUUUCCAAUGGAAACCAAUGUGUCCGGUUUGAUUAAAUUGUUUUCCUGAAUGGCAUUAGUAUUGUAGUAGAUUUAAAGACUAGCUUUUUUUUGUAAAGUGUGAAUAAAAGAUGUAUCUCAUGUUUCCUUUCUAAAAAGAUAUUGAAUUGUGUUGUUGGUGUGUAAAUCAUGAAUUCUAUGACGGUGUUAUGUUUGCUACAUUGUUUUUACUUUUACUCCAAUAUAAUUUCCCCCCCCCCCAUAUACUCUUAUUCCUUUCACAAACCAAAUCCUCUGUAGUAAUCUUGAGACGUUGACGGGUUGAUGAGAGGAGUUGAAUGUUCCUGAUGAUGCCUCGUAGAAUGAAGGAUUGAGAAUUUAUGGACGGAAAAGUAUCUGCGUCAUUGCUAUUAGGAAACACUUUCAGAACAGGGAUAUUCAAUUAUUAUUAUUUACUUUUCAGCUUUAUUUUAGAUGUUGCAUGGCACUAGCUGGAGAGUGCUAGUGCCUGUAGGUUAGGGCAGCAGCGCUGUCUUACUAGUGGCUGCAGUUCAGUACUAGAGAGCACUGUUCUCACUGUAAAACGUGUUUUUUAAGACUAAGCUGGACGCUAGACAGGUCCUGUGAUUAUUUUGAGUACUACUAGUCCAUUUCACUCUGUUCUUGUGCAUCACAGUGGUUAAAGCUGUUACACUAGCUAGCUAGUAGCUACUAUUGAUAUUGAUAGUUACUGAUUCGACGCUUAAGUCUUUUUGGUUGUUUACUUCUCAUUACCCCCCCCCCCUUUGUUAAACCAGACUAUGGCGGGAAAUCUGGCAAAUCAGAGCUGAGUUAUGUCACCCUGUAAGCUUUGGCGAGUGAUCACAUUGUUGGCUUUGUACUUUCCACUGUUGCGUUGUGUUUCAUAGUUGGCUUGUUUAGACGUAGAGUAAUUUCCCAGGCUGCAUCUCCUUCUAAUGGUGCACACCAAAGCUGCUUGUAGUUCAGUUCUCUGUUGUAGAGCAAGUUCUUUCACCAACCAGUCACAUUUUAUUUGUCCCCCCCCCCCAAUCUGAAUCAGUCUUCAUGAAAAGUAGGGCUGUAAAGAAAGCACGAUACUUUGAUCCUUGAUCACAAGAACAAGUUGCAUCCAUAUUCAUACUCUUGUUAUGGUUGAGUUUCUCAAUCCAUCGGCUCAUUUUAAAUGCAUCCUUUUCCAAAAAGAAACUUGGCAAUAAUACCAGAAACAUUCAGACACAUUUAGAAUGGGUUUUUAAAUAUUUUAUCUGGAAAAUGUAGCUAUUUCAUCUUUCAAACUGGUCGCUUUGCACUCCCCUUCUUCUACCUUCUUUCCCCUUUUCUCAUCCAUCUUGUAUAUUUGCUCAUCGUCUCUCUGCCGAUCUAGUAGUAGUUGUUCAAUGAUCAGGAUUGUCUAUCUGUAGUCAGCCGAGUACAUAUAUUGAUCUGUGUCACUGUGUUUAUGCACUGGACCAACUAUUGUUUACCAUUCAUGUAAUACCAGCAAAAAAAAAAAAAAAAAGAAGAAUAAAGACAAAACAAUUGCACAAUGUUGUAGAAUGUCCAUUAAUCCAGAUGAGAAAUCAAGGCAGCUGUUUUCAAAUCAACACAUACUGUUUUAAAAAGAAACUGAAUGGUAAACAAUGCUUUCUGUUGUACCCCUUAGCCGUCCUCUCGAUUCUCUUUGGACUAGUUUUAUUUAAUUUCUUUCCGUUUGACUACAGGUUCUGCUUGUUUCCUUUACACCUACCUAUGUAUUUUCCUACUUAUGGUUGAAAAAUAAAUUCUAUAUUAUCUGUUUCAA